GGAUAUGACAUUACUAUAAAAGCUUUUCGAUUUUGAAAUAAAAUUGUCCGCGAUGGUAUCUUGAAUACUUGGAACAUUUCCGAUCCAGGAAAUUUAGUUUGAAGUGAAAAUCAGAAAAACAUUUGUGACUUAAAAAGUUAGUCGCCCCAUUCUGACGGAUCAGGUUGCGAAGUUUUCAUAAAUUUAUGGAGAACAAGAUUCGACCAGAUGCAAUGACAGCUGAAGCAAACUAGAGCACAGCCAUGAAUUCUACGUCCAAUUUUACAUCCAGUGUCGUACCAGGUGCACCCGUGGGUGUGGCUCAAAUUACAACUUCAACGGUGCCGAACACAACAACGCUGAGUGAAGAUGACCUAUUUGAAAUACUCGUUCGACAUAACGACGCAAAAGCAACUUUGUAUAUUCCAGUUAUUGUGUACAUGAUCAUUUUGACAGUGGUGGGAACAUUUGGAAAUAUUCUAGUUUGCUGUGUGUACUGUUGUAAACCUACAAAAUCAUCUUCGCAUUUUUUCAUCUUGGCGCUGGCCGUCCUUGACCUUUUGACAUGUAUAAUCGGAAUGCCUACGGAAAUUACCGAUCUUAGAUAUCCCUACAUGUUUUACGCUUCGGCUGCAUGUAAACUUCUAAGAUUCGUGGAAUCUGUUACAACAAUCGGAUCUUCAAUGAUUUUGAUAUCAGUAGCCGUGGACAGAUAUUUGCGAAUAUGCAAAUUAGGCAAAAUGAUCUCAGUAAAGGCCUCCAAAAAGAUAUGCGUAGUGGCAAUGUUUGUUGGUGUUGCUCUUUCCUGGCCGGCGUGUUUGAUUUUUGGUCGUGCUACAGAGGAGCUUGAAUCCGGCGUGUGGGGAGUGGACUGUUCCACGGACGAUUCCAUGCAUGGGACACUUUGGACGCCAAUUUACUAUGGCUUCCUUGGUCUACUUUUCAUCUGCUGCCUUGUUUUCUUCUCUGUUAUAUACAUUCAAAUAGGGCUUCAAAUAUGGCGACAGAAGAAAGCAAAAAUCGGCCAAAAAUCAAACAGAGAAUCUGAAAUUUCGACAAAAUCAGGGCGAACAUUCAGCAGUAGCUCGACACGUGACUCCAGUGAUCCAGUGGAAGAGGUCAAAGGUAAUGCACCAGACGAUAAUGGAUCGGACCCAAUCAGUACCGACAUGUCUUCAGAACAAAUGAAUGACUCUUACUCAAAGAAAAAGUGCAUUAAAAACAAUAACAAAGACAGAAAAUUUUCAUCUAUUUCGUCGGCGAGUGUGAAAUCCACCGCACCUACAAAACGAAAAAUUAAAGUCACUCGGACCACCGUUGUCCUCUUCGCCGUGACGGUCGCUUAUGUCAUUAGUUAUCUACCAUUUCUAAUUAUAAUGGUUAUCCGCAGCAUCAAAAAGGACUUUGAAGACAAUCUUACGCCGACACAAGAAGUGGUGUUCAAAUUUUGCGUAAAGUCAUAUUUCAUAAAUAACGCGAUCAAUCCAAUUAUUUAUAGUUUCCUGAAUAUAAACUUCCGAAAAGACGCAAAGAAAAUGCUUUUGCGGAUUUUUGGCGCGUGCUGUUGUUGCAGGCGACACAAUAGCGUCUGACUAUAUGAUAGGAAAUCCGACAAAGCAAAGAGGUACAAGAAUGUGUGUUUUAACGAAGAAUCUAUUGAACUGUGCUAAAAUUAAUGCGAUAUGAAAGGGAAGGUUGAUAAGUACGAUCUGCUAUUGUGAAAAAGUACGCUUCAACACUUACUUUAUAUUAUUAAUAUUAACGAGGCAAUCUUCUUACAUGUAUACAGUGCUUCACUCGAAUUCCAAAAACUGUUAACAAAUAAAUUUGCCCUUUCAGUAUACAAUGCCUCUAGUUUGGCAAUUCAAUUUACAACGAUGAUUUCCUGCUUUGUAAUGCGAUGUACUUUAUUCUGUUUGUUUCAUUAUUUUGCACGAAAAACAAAAAGAUCAUUUAUACUGUAUUUUAUGAAAGUGUUAAAGUACUUUCGUUAGAUAUAUUAUUUUCUAAUGUGACUAAGAUCAAGUCUGUGAAAAUGUUGUGCAUUUAAGAAAUUCUAAAUUAACGUAAAUAAAUAUUUUGUUAUAUAAUAUUUAUACUAUAUUUCGUCUGAAGAAAUCCCACAAGAGCCUUGUGCUAUGUGGCAAUUUUUUGCAGAAACCUGUGUGCUGGCACGUUUUGCUUUGUUGCAUUUACAAAUAUUUAGUGCAAUUCCUCAUUGUGUAUUUAUGUAUAUAUUUUCUGUAACAUAAAUAUUUAUUUCUUGUUUAUAAUUUGUUCAGGUCUAAAUAAUUCCUUAUUUCGAAAGAAUAAAUUCAUAAAUAAUA